AUGGACCCACACAAGCUCCCCUCCGGUCAGGAGGACCCGCCGUUCGGCGACAGUGAGGGCAACAACAACAUCGAUGAGUCGCAUGAUGAAAUGAUGGAUGCUCUGAAUCGCCUCACUCUGGCGACAAUAACUCCAUUGCCUGCAUCGCCUCGACUGUCGCCUGUACCAUCCAGUCUUCCACCAUUUAACACGGUUCAAGACCCUCGAUCUGGUCCUUUUAUUCCUUCUCAGUCCUCUCAAGCUUCUCGAUCUGUUUCUUCACAUUCGAGUUACCCUCUACCGGCUACUCCGCCAUCGUCGACUGGCUCUACUGCUCGAGACGAACGGCGCAAAUCAAAUGCGCCUCUCCAGAAGCGCAAGUCCGCUGCAUCACUUCGUUCGGUUUCGCAGCCUCACAAAAACCAAUCUCCAAUACCUCACACUCCUAAUCACACCACUUUCACUUCUGCGGUGUCGCCACCCACCGCAAACUCACCUGUCAUGCCUACUGCACGUCUUGCAUCGGGGUCGGCUCCCGAAGCCAUCGUUCCCACUGCUUCCUCUGUUGCCGCUGUCCACUUCGCCAAAGAGCUUGUCUCACACCAAUCGGGCGGUCUCGACACCAAGACAGCGGUGAUUCUACAUGAUGAUUGCUAUGGUCACCGCUACUCCCGACUCGAAGCGCCAAAACGAGAGCUCGAUGGAAUUGUGGAAAGACCAGAGCGCAUCCGUGCCUGUGCCGUGGGCAUCUCUGCAGCUUAUGUACGUCUGGGAUCACGAUAUGCCGGAGCCCUCCCUUCAGUCUCCAGUCUGAGCCUAGAGAGAUUCCCCUUCCAGAUCGUAAAGACUGAUCGCAAGGUGCGUCUGUCUGAGACUGCUGUUACCGACGUUCAUGGAACCCAAUGGAUGUCAGAACUGAAGUGGAUGGGUGAAUGUGCCGAAGAACGCCUCCUCGGCGAUGGAAACGAAGUGGCUAGGCAGCAGAUCCGAGCUGACAAUGGUCUCACGGUGGCUGGUCCUCCGUUGAGCCAAGGGGAUCUGUAUCUAUGUUCCGAGUCGAUCAAGGCGUUUGAGGGGGCCUUAGGUGGUGUUUGUGAGGGUAUUGAUCGGGUUUUCAACCCUGGUCCUGUUCAACGGGCCUUUGUUUGUAUUCGGCCACCAGGGCACCAUUGCUCUGCCGACUUUCCUUCCGGCUUUUGCUGGAUCAACAACGUUCAUGUCGGUAUCUCACAUGCCGCAAGCACUCAUGGUCUGACCCAUGCUGCGAUCCUCGAUUUUGACCUGCACCAUGGUGAUGGAUCCCAGGAUAUUACGUACGACCACAACUCCAAGCUGCUGAACAAAGCACGGAGAGAGUUCUUGGCCAGGACCAAUGCCAAGGAACUCGCAGAUUACGUAGAUGCUCCUCCAUACACCAAAGCAGCGAUCGGGUACUACAGUCUGCACGAUGUGAACUCUUUCCCGUGUGAGAACGGUGAACGUGACAAGGUCAUGGGAGCCAGCCUUUGUCUUGAGGCACAAAACCAGUCCAUCUGGAAUGUGCACCUCGAAGGCUGGGAUACCAUGGAUGAAUUUUGGGUGCUGUACCGAACAAAGUACAACGCCUUGCUAACCAAGGCCCGUUCCUUCUUGCGCCAGCGCACACUGGCACUCAGUGAAGAACGACGGCAAAAUCCUAGUUGUCCACCACCCAAAGCAGCGAUCUUCAUAUCUGCUGGGUUUGAUGCCAGUGAGUGGGAGGGCAGCGGGAUGCAGCGCCACAGCGUGAAGGUCCCCACUGAAUUCUAUGCCAAGUUCACUGCAGAUGUCAUCAGCCUGGCACAGGAAGAGGGCCUUGGCGUCGAGGGCCGCGUGAUCAGCAUCCUCGAGGGCGGGUACAGUGACCGUGCUCUGUGCUCCGGAGUUCUCAGUCAUCUCUCGGGACUGAGCGGGGAGAGCGAGUACAGUGAGGAUUGGUGGUCUCAGACCAGUCUUCAAGAAAUGGAUGCCAUCAUGGCCCCGCCGUCCAGCAAAGGGCGCAAAAAGGCUGCGUCGACGUACCUCACGGCAACACAAUCCUUUACCGCGAAGGUCGUUACCCCCGGGCGCGAGCGCACCCCUGGGGUUCUUGACCCCGGCCUCAAUGUGACCCCUCUCCCUGAGGUGAGCUGGGCCGUUGCCACCGAGGAGCUUGCCAAGCUUAUUAUCCCCAGUGGACGGCAGACCCUCAGCUGCCGCCCAGCGGAGCUGAACCGUCAGCGCCGAGAGCAGGAUGCGCGUGUCGCUGGGUUGGAAGUCGGCAUUCCCGCCGAGGCCUCCCGCCAGUUGCGCAUCCGCAAGCCAAAGGAAUCAACGCCUGCACCAGCCACCCCGCGCCCUGCAACUCCCCGGCGGCAAAGCCGCAAGACGCCCAAGACCGUUCAGCCCAGGACCACCACUAGCACCCCCCGUUCCACUCAGGAACCAUCCCCUUCCAUCGGUGCCUCGCGCCGAAAGAGCGCGAGUGUCAGCCGGGCUGGGAGCCGGGCUGGCACCCCCCGUCGGGGUAACAGCCCGGUCGAUGAGGUGCCUCCCGUCCCGCGUCUAAUUCUGAGGGUUUCGGCGCCGGACGCGGCGCGCGGAAGUAAGAUGUUGGACUCUACGGCCGACCACCAUUGGCGUGGUCGCGCCGGGAGGUCUUCAAGGUCUCCAAAAAGGGACAAGAGGAGGAACUCGGGGAGUGCUACCUCUUCCGUUAUUGGUUCGCCUGUGGUGAAGGUCAAGGAUGAGCAGAUGGAAGACUGA